CACACCACUUAAAUUUGGCGGUCUGAAUAGGGCAAGACGAGCGAAGGAGAAGGCGAAAGGAGAUUGCAGAACGAGAUUGCGACAAAGGUCUAAGCGUCUAGCGAAACAAUGGAUGGACCAGAUGAUCCUAAGCAAAGUACUGCAGAUAUGACUGCUUUUGUACAAAAUCUUCUCCAGCAAAUGCAAGCAAGGUUCCAAACCAUGUCCGAGUCUAUUGUUACAAAGAUAGAUGAGAUGGGAGCCAGGAUAAAUGAGUUGGAGCAGAGCAUCAAUGACCUAAGGACAGAAAUGGGAGCGGAGGCUUCCCCUUCACCUCUUGCACCUGGAAAGACGGAUGAAGGCAAGCAGGGAGAGGAUGGUUCUUCUUAGAGCUUAUCAAAGCCAUUGAGUGUCAUGUUUUUUUUUCUUCUUUAGAACUCGAUGCAUAUUGUUGGCAAAUCUAUAAUCAUUUAAUAGUUGGUGGUUUGUCUAUGGGUUCUCUUCUGUUACUGUUUGAUUUUAGAUUGUCUCUAAAUAUCUAACUAUUGUUGUCAGUCUGAAUGAAAUUUGCUUCAUUAUUCUCUUU